CGCCGCCGCCACUGCCGCCGCCGCCGCCACCGGGAGCACCGCACACCUCGGCUCCGCGCGCCGCCAGCUCCCGGCCUGUGUGCGGACCGCCCGCUGGCCCCGCCGCGCUCGCCAGCCCCGCCGCGGAGCCCCGGCCCGCUCUCGGGCCGCCGCCACCACGCCGCGCGCCGUACUCCGCGUCAAGAAUGGGGCGGCCAAGCUGCCCAAGCCGCCCGCCGCCGCGGCUGCGGCCGAGGCGCCCGGCGCCAGCGCCGGCAUGGAGCGCUCACAGAGCCGCCUCAGCCUGUCCGCCUCCUUCGAGGCGCUCGCCAUCUACUUCCCGUGCAUGAACUCCUUCGAUGACGAGGACGCGGGGGACAGCCGGAGGCUGAAGGGAGCCAUCCAGAGGAGCACAGAGACAGGCCUGGCUGUGGAGAUGCCCAGCCGGACACUGCGCCAGGCCAGCCACGAGUCCAUCGAGGACAGCAUGAACAGCUACGGCUCGGAGGGCAACCUCAACUAUGGGGGAGUUUGCCUAGCAUCAGAUGCCCAGUUCAGCGACUUCCUGGGUAGCAUGGGACCUGCGCAAUUUGUGGGCCGCCAGACCCUGGCCACCACACCCAUGGGGGACGUGGAGAUCGGCUUGCAGGAGCGGAAUGGUCAGCUGGAAGUGGACAUCAUCCAGGCCAGGGGAUUGACAGCCAAGCCAGGCUCCAAGACACUGCCAGCGGCCUACAUCAAGGCCUACCUGCUCGAGAAUGGUGUCUGCAUUGCCAAGAAGAAGACCAAAGUUGCUCGCAAGUCGCUGGACCCCCUGUACAACCAGGUGCUACUGUUUCCUGAGAGUCCCCAGGGCAAAGUCCUGCAGGUGAUCGUGUGGGGCAACUACGGGCGAAUGGAGCGGAAGCAGUUCAUGGGAGUGGCCCGCGUGCUGCUAGAGGAGCUGGACUUGACCACCCUGGCAGUGGGCUGGUACAAGCUCUUCCCCACCUCCUCCAUGGUGGACCCAGCUACAGGCCCCCUGCUCCGGCAGGCGUCUCAGCUGUCCCUCGAGAGCACCGUGGGGCCCUGCGGAGAGCGAUCUUAAUGCCAGGGGAUGGGGAGGGGCUUCCCAAGAUGGCCCGGAGACCACCCGGCCCCCACUUGGGGCCCUAGAGCCCCAGGGGCACAUUGAAGAGAGGAGGACAGGGUUCUCCCCCCAACAGUGGGGAAGCAGAACAGGGAGACCUGCCCCGCCUCGGGACCCUCCCCAGCUCCCCAGCUCCUCCCCACCUCCCCCAGACUUCUCCUCUCCCUGUGGGAUUGGCUGCACUUUUGACUGGGCCUGUUCUUGACCUGGUGGUGGACGUGGCUGCAGUGGGAAGAAGGGAAAGACCGAGAGGGCAAAGCAGUUGCUCUCCUGCCCCAGCCCUGUCUGGCCUCGCCCCCUCUUUGCCUCCUUGGAAGCUCGCUGUCCGGAGCCAAGUCCAGAACCCAGCCGGCCAUCUCCAUGGUGCCAAUUACCAGCAAGUGUCUUUCCUGCGGCACCGGGUUCAGGCAGCUACUCCUGCCCCAGAGUGACGGGGCAGCUUUGCAAGGAUCCGGAGCCAGCUCCUGGGGGGCCCAGGACCCCCCCAACUUGAAGAGGAGUGCAGGCCUCCCUCUGCCUGUCUGCCUGUGGAAGGCGCUUUGCUGCAGCCCGUCCGAGUCCACGCGUGCGUCCCCUCCUGUCUGCCCCUUUGCUGGUGGCUCCAGGAAUCGGACAGAAGUGCCCAGGGUCUGGCAUAAACCCCUCCAGGGUGCCUUGCUCCCUGGGAUUGCAACAUGUUAGGAAGAACCAAGUCGGCUGUGUCCUGGUGGAGACUGACAAAGUAGACUGUCCUUGAAUUUCCAGAACCCUGAGCCCAGAGAGCACCCCCUCCCCGUAUCUGCAUUGUGAGGGACAGGUGAGGGUGGCUGAGGAAAGCUGGGGGGUAGGCCUGGCAGUGCCAUGGUAAGGGUUGCUUCUGUCAGAAAUCAUGUCCGUGUUGGAUGAGGUCAUCUUGUCUACCCCUGUACCUCCAGGCCUGGAGGUGUAGGGAGGGAAUAGUGCCCUCCCUAUUUUAGUCUUUUUAAAACAAACAAUUCUGCCCGGCCUCAGUCACCUUGGC